GGCCGGGUGCCUGCACGGUGCCUGGGGCCGGGGCAGCCCGGGGUCGGCCAUGGAGGCGGCCCAGUGCCUGCACGAUCGGUGGGGCCCCAGCGGCCUGGAGCCGGCCAUGGGGGCGACCGGGUGCCUGGGCGGUCCGUGCGGCGUGCACGUGUCAGAUUACACACCUUGCAUGUGGGUGUACCCGCGAAGCAGGAUAGAGGUACUUGCAGACCCCAAGCCAGUCUUCUGCCAAGCCAGCAGUCCCACGCUUGUAUGGGGAAACCAAGAGACAAUAUGGAGCCUCACACCUGGUGCUAUGACAGCUCGACCGUCUGCAAGAACCUUGUAUCUGUGCAAGCCCAAGAAAGAUUUUACCAAGUAUGGCCGCAGUUGCAGACCAGUAAUCGGUGGGAAUCCCCUGCUACCAAAGUAUGGCUACCCUUCUGAACGGCUGCUGAAGUUGUCUGAGCCUAAAAAAUUCCUCCCUGCUUACCUGGAACAAAGAUCCCGUGAUACCCCGGAGUGGCCUGUGUCCCUGGCUGCACAGAACUACAAUGCCUCCAAGCGGAUACUGCAGCUUGCCCAGCCAAAGGGGCUGCACCCAGACUUCAUGCCCCCCAGAGAGGUGCCAACCCAGGUUUCCAGCUUAGCAGUCAAGGCCAGUGCAUCGACGCGGGUGCAGAAGCUGGCAGUGCCCUUGAUCAGGGAGAUGACCUGCUGCAGUACACACACCAAACCUGGUGUUAUCAUGGCUCCGAUUUCCACCUCACCUCGGAGGAUAGUUGCAAGCCCUCGGACCAUUGAGCUGUCGAAGCCCAAACAACUCCACCCGAACUUCAUGCCCGCGCGGGAUCCCGAGUGGCCUGUCACAGAGGCUGCCAAGCGUGCAGUGCCUACUAAAAGAAUUCUGGGGCUGGCCCAGCCUUCCUCAAGACCUCGUGUGACUGCACUCGACCCAGAGGCAUUCAAAGUGAAAGAGAGUGCUCUGAAGGCGGUUUGUACUCCACGGCUCGCAGAACUGGCUCAACCAAUUAGGCGCUAAGCUCCUGCCAUCUGCCCACAUCACCCCUUGGAACAUCACUCUCUCGGGCUGUGCUCUGGCUGGAAAAUCUCUUUGAACACAGUGCAGAGGCAGCACUCAGCUGGAACGCCUUUUGGGAGUUAAAAUAAAGUCAUCAUUCCUU